CAGCAUCCCUGCUGACAAGCACCCUGACAGCCACGGAACCUCCGCUCCCUUGGCUCUCUACUUCUACCCUGCCCAUUCCCUGGUACACCCCCUUACCCCCCAAGUCUGCCUGAUCUGACCAGGUUUGCCCUGGAUUCCAGUCUCUGAUCAUUGCCCCUCCUCACCCUUUCUCCAGCCCUUUCCAAUCCCCCUUCCUCCAGAUUCCUUUCCUCCACCUGCCUCUCUGUGGAACUUUUUUGUCUCCCUUCUUCCUUUCUUAUCUCAUUUCGGAGGACUCAGCGUGGCCCAGGCCAUAGGAGAAAUGUGGGAGGCUCAGUUCCUGGGCUUGCUGCUUCUGCAACUGCUGUGGGUGGCUCCAGUGGAGGCUCCAAGGCCUGAGGCAGAGGUCCAGGUGGUGUGGGCCCAGGACGGGGCUCCUGCUCAGCUUCCCUGCAGCCCCACAACCCCCCUCCAUGAUGUCAGCCUUUUGCGAAGAGGAGGGAUCAUCACUUGGCAGCAUCAACCAGACAGCGGCCCGCGGGCCCCCGGCUCUCGCUCGGCGGCGCCCUCCCCCUCCACGGUGCUGAUCGUGGCUCCCGGAGGCCUGCGCAGCGGAAGACUGCUCCUGCAACCCCGCGUCCAGCUGGAGGAGCGCAGCCUCCAGCGCGGGGACUUCUCGCUGUGGCUGCGCCCAGUCCGGCGCACCGAUGCCGGCGAGUACCGCGCCACUGUACGCCUCAAAGAACGCGCUUUCACCUGCCGACUCCGUCUGCUCGUGGGCCAGGCCUCGAUGACUGCCAUCCCCCCAGGGUCUCUCAGGACCUCCAACCGGGUCAUUUUGAACUGCUCCUUUAGCCGCCCUGAGCGCCCAGUCUCUGUGCGCUGGUUCCGAGGCCAGGGCCAAGUACCUGUCCAAGAGUCCCUGCAUCACCACUUAGUGGAAAGCUUCCUCUUCCUGCCCCAAGUCAGCCCCCUGGACUCUGGGCCCUGGGGCUGCAUCCUCACCUACAGAGAUGGCUUCAAUGUCUCCAUGAUGUACAACCUUACUGUUUUGGGUCUGGAGCCCCCAACCCCCUUGACAGUGUAUGCUGAAGCAGGUUCCACAGUGGAGCUCCCCUGCCGCCUGCCUCCGGGUGUGGGGACCCAGUCUUCCCUCACUGCCAAGUGGGCCCCUCCUGGUGGAGGCCCUGACCUCCUGAUGGCUAGAGACAAUGGCAACUUCACCCUUCGGCUAGAGGCUGUGAGCCAGGCCCAGGCUGGGACCUACACCUGCUGCAUCCAUCUGCAGGGGCAGCAGCUCAGUGCCAGCGUCACUUUGGCAGUCAUUACAGUGACUCCCAAAUCCUUUGGGUUACCUGGCUCCCUGGGGAAGCUGCUUUGUGAGGUGACACCAGCAUCUGGACAAGAACGCUUUGUGUGGAGGCCUCUGGACAAGUCCUGGAGGAGCUCCUCAGGACCCUGGCUGGAGGUGCAGGAGGCCAGCCUCCAUUCCCAGCCCUGGCAAUGCCAGCUGUACCAGGGAGAGAGGCUUUUAGGAGCAGCGGUGUAUUCCCCAGCACUGUCCAGCCCAGGUGCUCAGUACUCUGGGAGAGCCCCAGGUGCCCUCCAAGCAGGCCACCUCCCUCUCUUUCUCAUCUUGGGCAUCCUCUGUCCACUCCUUUUGGUGACUGGAGCCUUUAGCCUUCACCUUUGGAGAAGAUCGUGGCGACCAAGAAGAUUUUCUGCCUUAGAACAUGGGAUUCACUCUCCUCAGGCUGAGAGCAAGCUAGAAGGCCAGGAGCAAGAGCCGGAGCCUCAGCUGGACGCAGAGCUAGAUCCAGAGCUGGAGCUGGGGCUGAAGCCAGAGCUGGAGCUGGAGCUGGAGCCAGAGCUGAAGCCAGAGCCGGCCCUGGAGCAACUUUGACUUGAAGCUGAAACAGCCAGUAGAUCUCAGCAGCUCAGUCCAAAUACACUCCC